AGCUGAGAACCGCUACCUUUGCUAAGUUUUCCCCAUGGAAAGUGUUUUUUCUUCUGGAAAGUGCAGAAAAGCGAAGGCCCAAAAUAGAGCAGCUCGUACCGUGGAGUGUGUAGAGCUAACAGAAAUUGCUUGUGGAAUAAGUUAAUUCGACGAAGCAGUGAGUGUUGCGAACAACACAUCAGUUGCAGAGUGGUGGACCAAACUUUUAAUACCGCUUUUAGUGCAAAAGGUGAGCGCGAAGUGCGACGACAGUCCACACAUCAUCAGUUCGCUAUCUGACGCACACACACAUACACGCACACACGCGCAGAUACAGACACGGGAACCUCACGGGGGUUCAGGCCACUCGAUUUCCCCUGUCAUGGCGGCGUAUUCGUGAAGCGAGUGAACAGAUUUUCUUUUCGACCUUUUCAACUGAAAAUUAGCCGUCAAACUCGGUGCUCUCGGUGCGUGUGCGAGGUGUUGGUAGCGCUGUACGCCGAGGAACGUUGCGCGUAGAGCAAGGGAGCGCGAAAGUGCAGUGUGAAAGGUGCUGGUCCGUGGUGGACAACAACACGCGGGACACAUUAUUACACAACCAACCGAAACGGUGAAGCCAUCGUCGUCGUAGUCGUGGCCGUGUGUUCAAAGACGAAAAAGGGCGCAAGCAAAGUGCACGCGUAUUAUUGCAAAAACAAGCGCGCGCGUUCGUGUGUGUGCGGGUCGUGUGGUGCGUACCACAGACGAAAGUGAAGUUUUGCUCCCAACAGUGCAACAACAACGAGCAAAGUAGGCAGAAGGAAGGUGCGUUGCAAGAGCUAGAAAGAGAAGGAACGUUCGUAUCGCAUACACGUUGCCAACAGCAGCAGCACACACAGGCAUGUACAUCAACAACACGGAUGCGUUAAAGAUAUGGCUGACGGCGGUCCUGGAACCGCUGUGCGAUGCCGACCCGGCUGCCCUGGCCCGGUACGUGCUCGCCCUGCUGAAGAAGGACAAACCGGAGAAGGAUCUGAUCGUGUCGAUGAAGGAACAGCUGGACGUGUUCCUGUCCGAGGAAACGCAACCCUUCCUCGAGCGGCUGUUCAAGGUGAUCAAGAGCGAGGAGUAUCUGAAGUGUGCGCCGGCUGCUCCGGCCGGCCAGGCCGUUAGCAACGGUGCCACGGCAGCAACGGCCAUCGCUUCCUCGACCACCAGCGGUGGCGCGGGCUCCCAGCCGGCCACGGCAUCAGUGACACCCGCCGUAACGCUGCAGGCGUCCUCCACCUCCUCGAACCAUCAGCACCCCGAAGAGGUGAGCAGCAGCUCGCGGAUGAGGAUAAAGCGCGAAUUUACGCCACCGCUGCAAGAAUCGGGCUCACGGUCCAGCAAAGACGCACAGUCCAGUUCUGCCGCCUCGACCUACACCUCCGGCUCGUCGGCGGGCGGUAGCGCAUCAUCGGCGGUGGCCGGCGGUGUGUCGGCGAGCGGCGGAUCUUCCACGUCGGAUCGAUCCUCCACAUCACACCAUCAUCAUCAUCACAGCGAACAGCGCACGGAGAAGACAUCUUCCAGUGGUACGCAUAAUUCCUCGUCAUCGGUCAGCAGCAGCAGUAGUAGCGGUGGUGCGGCAGCGGGUGCAGGAACGGGGACGGGUACGGGAGGCGCCAGCAACCAAAAGUCGUCCACCUCCACCCAUCAUCAUCCGCAGCAGCAGCAGCAUUCGCCAAUCAAAGGUUCCAGCAGCAAGGAUGAUCAUAGCAAUAGUGGCAGUACGCGCCGUAGUCGCCGUAUGCAGAAUCGAUCUCGCAGCCGUUCCCGGUCCCGGUCACGCUCGUACGAACGUACGCGCGACGCGCGUCGAUCGCGCUCCCGCGAACUACAGCAGCGCACGCGCGGUGGAGGUACCGGUGGUGGUAGCGGUGGAACCAGCGGUGGCGGCAGUGGGAAUGAUUCCAAGUCCGGUGGACGUGGAUCGUACCGCAACAAGUCACCGGUACGUAGCAGCGAUUCGUUCCGGCGCUACGAUCGAAAGGGAUACAACAGUGAUCGACGCAACAAUAAUGGGCCCAACAGCGCCGGCGGAAGUAAUAGUGGGACGACCGGUAGCACGGCCACUGGUAGCGUUUCGAACAGCGGCAGUGGCAGCGGUGGAAAUGGUGUCGGAAGUACCCGCUCGCAAAGGAUACGAUCGCAUUCGCGUAGCCGCUCACCGUCGCCGAACUCGGAUCGUCGAAAGAUUGCUCGCUCGAUGACACCGGUCCGUUCGGCGGCUGCCGCAGCAGCAGCAGCAGCAGCAGCAGGUGAUGCAGCAGUAGUAAAUCCGGUCACUGCGCUUGUUCCCCCAGUUACGGGCGGUGUGCCGCUUAUUCCUGUCGGUGGUGGAACGGUUGCACCUACCAUCGCUCCCGUACCUCCACCCUCGGUCGGAUCGCUUGAUCGCGUGCUGAAUGCGGCGGGCGGCGAGGGUGGAGCUGCAUCGGCCGCACCACUCGGUGGCGGAUCUUCCAAGCGGCAGCGUUGCCGUGAUUUCGACGAGAAGGGUUACUGCAUGCGGGGUGAAACCUGCCCAUGGGAUCACGGUGUGGAUCCGGUCGUGCUGGACGGGCUCAGCGAUCCGGCCAUGAUCGCUCAAAUGCGUGGUACGAUUGUGCCCGAGUACAGUCCCGACGCGCCAGAGCUGUGGAACAAACCGCCGAACAUGCCGGGUGGACCGAUUGGCGGUGUUCCUGCGAUCCGGCCGGGGCCGGCACAGCGGCUCGGUGGUGGCAUUGGUGGGUUCCUUCCGCGCGGCGGACCCGUCGGUAUGGGUCUUGCGUUCCGUGGCGUUUCUCCCGUGUUUCCGAUGCAAGGUUUCGCCGGCAAUCCGAUCGGUGCGACUCCACUGCAGCGCGAGCUGAUUUCCGUGCCGGUUGUGGAUGCGAACAAGGGUGGCGAUGUGUCGGCGGAUCAUCGGGGCGGCAGUCGCUUCGAGCCGGAAGAUGCCGUUGCCAUUGCGGACGGACCGAUGGUGAUGGGUGGUGGCGGUAAGCGUAAAAUGCCCAUGAACAAUAGGCACGGACCGCGCGCUCUCGGUGGUGGACACGGUGGUGUUGGCGGACCCGGUGGACCUGGCUCGAUGAUGAUGAACCCGCAGCACAACUGUUCGCUCGAGCUGCGCAAAAUCCCACGCGGAUUGAACGAGAUUUCGCAUUUGAACGAUCACUUCUCCAAGUUCGGCAAGAUCACGAACAUACAGAUCCGGUACGAUAACGAUCCGGAGGCGGCCAUUGUCACGUUUACCUCGCACGCGGAAGCAAACGUUGCGUACCGGAGUACCGAGGCGGUGCUGAACAAUCGGUUCAUAAAGGUGUUUUGGCACAUACCGCCGGCCGGCGGUGAGCAGCCCGCCAUUACCGCCCCGGCCAAGACGGAACAUUCGCUGCGAAGAUCGUACCCGAAUCAGUACAGCAUUAACAACAACCUAAGCUCGGCGGGAGCAACCGGCACGACACAAACCGGCCCAACCGUUGCCGGUGGCAAAACGCUGCAAACGAAGGACGAUGGAAACGGUGGCCAGGCGGUGACGGUGGUGGCGAACGGAAACGAGAAUCUCGCACCACAGCAGCAGGUGCCGUCGGGUCCGAAAGCGCACGGUAACAACGCCAACAAAUACAUCAGCCCCGGUACGGGUGGACCGGGUGCGGCGGGUACGGGCGGUGCCGGUGGCAAGAUGGCCGCCCGGGCACAGAACGAAAUGUUGCGCAAGCGGCAGGAGCAGUUCAACAAGGGCAUCAACGAGCGCAAAUGCUUCCUGAUGGACGGUUACCUCAAGGAGCAGCGCAAACUGCUCGAACUGAUCGUAACGUACGAGGCGAACGAUCCCCGCCGGCCCCAGCUGAAGGAAUCGCUCGACGAGCUGCAAACGAAGAUUAACAAUCUGGGCAAAGAGAUACAGCAGGACCAUCAGCUGCUGAAGGCGAACUCGGCGACCCGGGGACCGAACAGUCACGGACCGAAGCACAAAACGAAGGCGCAGCACGAACGGGAACAGCUCGAUGCGGAGCUGGAACAGAUUGCGCAGGAGCAGCGUACGUUCCGUGCGCCGGACGGGGCGCCAAUGGUCGGCGGGCCCACGGUGCAACCGAUCGGUCACAAACCGUACGGCGGCGGUGUUGGUUCGCGUAAGGGUGGUGCCGGUGCGGUCGUCCGGGUAGCACCGCCCGGUUCGACCAGCGUCGAUCGGCGACCGACCACCAUCCUCAUUACCGGCUUUGUGGAGGAGGAAGCGGAAACGCUGCUGGACCACUUCAAGCAGUUCGGUGAGGUGACGAAACAUCAGCUGGAUAAGGCGGAACCCUCGCUGCAGAUCAGCUUCAGCACGCGACCGGUGGCGGAGAAGGCACUGGCCCGGGGUAAGCAGUUUAACAAGAAGCUGCUUUCGAUCGUGUGGCAGACGACGGCAGCGAUUGCACCGACCACACCGACCGGUGGUGGUGGUGCGUCCGGUGCGAACGCUGUGGCGGCGGCCACACCGGCCGAAACUGGUAAGGAGGGCGGCCAUCCGCUGGUGCAUUCGAGCAGCGGCGACGACGAUGCCAGAACGAAGCUGUGCGACUUUGACGAAUCGGGUGCGGAUCAGCUGGGCGGCGGAGGCGGUAACGGUGGCGUCGGUGGUGCGGACAUUAACUCAUCCUCGAUGGAAACGCUGACCGAGACGGACGAGCUGACCGACAUGCCGCACAUGGUGGAGGAGGAGGAAGACGAAGACGACAUGGAGGGGGAACGGUCGUGGCGUCGUUAAUGACCGUUUAAAGUCCUUUAUUCGGUCGCUUAAUAGUUCGCCAGAUUCGUUUUUGUUUGUUUUUCUUCUCUUCUCUUUGGUUAGGAUUUAGUACAAGAAUGCAUGCGUGUGUACUCUGUAUGUGUGUGUGUGUGUGUGUGUGUAUGUAAAGCUAUUAUUUUCAAAAUGCUGAAAAUUUACUACAUUUCAAUUGCGCAAGCGUUUUUUCUUGUUAUUUUAUUAUUUGAAAGCGUACCAUUGUCGCGGAGUCACACAUGGCGCGAUAGAAGUAGUAGUUACGGUUAAACGAAUUAGUAAUGGUGUGAGUAUGCUUUAUAACGCAUAUACAGGUAGCCGCCCUAGGAAGAAGAAUUUGGAUUGAGCAAAGUCGAUAACAGGUCGAUGAUGGAAUUAUGAAGAUUAAUUUUAUAACGUUUGUUUUUAAUGAAGAUUGCCGAAGCUCUUGAAAUUAUUGUGUGUGUAUGUGUUUUGGUUAGAUUUUAGGCUUCUUAUUUCUGGUUCUGGCAAGCGAGAUUGGCCCUCUCUUUUUUUUGCGCUUUCCCUACACCCCGCGGUUGCGGUUUGGCAAGUUUCAUAUUCUUUUUUCGUGUUUGCCAUUUUGACUUCGAUUUGAAUGCAUUUUUGCAAAGAAUAAAACGCAUUCAGAAUGUUUGCGCUAGAAACCAAACGAAUCGAUGUAGUUUGUAGGGCCCCCCCCCCCCCCCCCCCCUUCGAACGCCUGUUUAAACCGCGUGUACGAGCAAUUCCUUUGUCGGCAGCGAUAGAUAGAAAUAGGUGUAUGUAAAAAAAAGCUACCCUCAAACAGACAACAGGAAACACCGUUUUGUAAUUUGUUUAGCAGUAAAAUGAAACAACAACAGGGGAGAAAACGGGGGUACUGCCCUUGGGUUUAAACUAUUGUUUAAUGUGAAGAUGAUCGUGUUACAUUGUAAAGAGCAAUUGUAAAGAUUAAUUGCGCGAGCCCUCAUCCGGACUUGCACGAAAGCAGCAGCGCAAAGGCUCGCUGUAAAGGGCAUUAAGUAAUGCGACAGCCAGUGCAACGCCGGCGGUACGCGCAAUUGGUCAAUGAAACGUAUACCGGGGGGGAAAAGAAAGAAAAAUUGUACGAGUAGCUCGUAAGUCGAAGCCAAACGAAAAAAAAAACAAAAACGAAAAGAAAAAAUGCAAACAACACCAGCAAAACAACAAGAAAACAAAGGAAAAGAAUGAACUGUGAAACGCAUAGUGGGGUAAAAAAAUGAAGUAACACUCCACUAGAAAAAAAGCGCAAAAAAGAAAAGAAUGAACAUGAAAAAACAAGAGAAACAAAAAGAACAACCCAAUCACAGUAACAUACAAAACAUACAAGCAACACCAGCGAUGUGCGAUGGUGAAACAAAGCAAACAAAACAAAACCACCUGGCAUUGGUGGCAUGAAUGGAGAGAACAAAAAAAAAAAAAGAAAAGAAAACAUAGCAAAAAAGUCGCUGUAAAAUUGGCGAAAUGCCCGAGAUAAGCAAAAAAUUAUGAUUGCAAAACAUUAGCACCGUUUUUUGAGUAUGAUAGUACCUAUGACUAUUGCUACUAUUAAUGCUUCUACUACUACUACUACUACUACUAAUAAUAAUAAUUAUAAUAAAGUGAGUUUAAGUAAUGAUUUCAAAGCAGAAAUUGCAGCGCGACCCGCAACUCCAACCUUGCGAACAGGAGUUGUGUGCAUAGUCAUACAAACAAAA